GUUUAUCAGUAAAACCGAUACAGUAAAAAAUCUUUUGAUGAAAAGUAUAUGUGAUACCCGAGAUAUAGCUACUUAUUGAUAACAACAGUAUUUUAUUAUUAUGUUGGAAAAUAUAUCUAAGAAAUGUAAUAUUAUUUAUUAUUUUUUAUUAUUAGUUAUUUUUUUUAUUGGUGUAAGUAAUGGUGGAGGUAGCAAUGAUGAUGAUGAUAUAAAUCAAAAUAAAGAAACUGAAAAAUCAGGAAAUUGUGGUGGUUACUUGACGUCUUUACGAGGAAUAAUUAGUACACCAAAUUUUCCCAGAGCAUUUAGUGUUCCAAUAAAGUGUCAUUGGGUUAUUGAUGCCACAGAAAUACAAUUGGCUAGCAGUAACAUUGAUAACAUUGAUAACAUUACUAUUGCUGUUUAUUUAACUCAACUGUAUGUAUACAAAGGUCUUAAAAUCACAGAGUAUGCAUACUAUGAGUCACCGGAAAGUACUAAUUUUGGAGCAACAGUCUUAAAGGAUGUCACUGAAAGUAAUGUGUUUGAGGAUAGUUUAUUGAAAACAAAUAGACCAUUUGUUGUUAUUGAAUUUGAGCUUGAAAGACUCGAGGGCAAUCAUGUUCGGGUUCUUGAUAAUUUGUUGGAUGUAUAUGGAUUUAAUCUAACGUAUGAAAUAACUACUCCAGAAGCAAUAAAUAUAAAUUCAUGUUCUGUUAAAAAUUGUUCCUUUGCCGGUAAUUGUAUCGUCGAUUCAAGUUAUAGUAAAUUCAAGUGCCACUGCUUUAAUGAAUUCAGCGGAAAAGAUUGUUCAUACGGGCCUCUUUGUAUUGAUCAAAAUAAUAAAUAUAUUAAUCAUCCAAGCUACAACGCAAUUUGCUACAACGGAGGUACCUGCAGUCAUAUAGGAGCUGAAUAUAUUAAAUGUCAUUGUAGGCCCGGUUAUACCGGUGAUUAUUGUGAAAUACCAAUAAUUCCUAAUGAUAAUCAACAAAUCACUGAAAUAAUUAACUCGAAUCAAGAAUGUCAGAAAGGUACCCCAAGAUGUAUUUUCCAAUGUCUGUAUAUUGAAAAAGACCAAGAAAAUAAUCGACCCUGUAAUAUGCUAAAUAAUUGCAAACGACAACAACAAUCAAUCUCUUCUAUUUUUAGUAAUAGGGUGAGAUAUGAAUUUCAAAUAAAAUUAGCAAACACUAGCUCCUUAAUUCGGAGUACUUUGGUACUGUCACAGACUAUAAGUGCCCUUGAAAGCUUGCUGAAGAAACAACUUACUAAGUAUUUCAAGAAUAAUGCAGACAUAACUAUUAUAGAGGAUUUGAAAGUACAGACCGUUACACCAUCGGGUGAAGUGUUAUUUAUGUUUUUUGGAAUUUCGACGGAGAGUGAUAAAAUUCGUGAUGCAUUAAACCGCCUUGUUCAACGAAGACGACUAAAUGACUUUGUUUUAGAAUCAACUCAUUUAACACUUAGACAGAAACCUUCUCUUCAAAUAAAGUCACUCGAAAUAAUUAGUAAUCCUAAAAAUACCAAUCAAGUUCGUCUAGAAGAUGAAUUGUAUUUGAAAUGCGUUGUUCAAGGAAGCUCUGAAAUUAAAUUUUUAUGGUAUAAAGACGAUAUUUUGGUGAAUGUUAGCAAAUCCAUAAGAGCUAUCGAGAUCCAACAAGAGCUCAACGAUGACAUGUAUACUUUUACUUUGCUAAUCCCCAAAGCAACCCUUCUUGAUGCUGGGUAUUACACUUGUCAAGCAAUUGACAGUGGACUACAGCAAUGCAAAAGUAUUUACAUAAAUGUCAAAGACGGACCUCCCCAUGUGAAAAUUCUUCCUAUGAGCGCUACUGUAGAUAAAGGUAACAGCAUUCAGCUCAUGUGUAUAACAUCUCCGAACAAAGAAAGUUUAGACAUAGGAUUCGGUUGGACUAAAAAUCGCGCGCUGCUGAAACUUGAGCCCGGACACCAAGUAUGGGAGGAUCUUUACCCAGCUGGAAGUAUUCUUAAAAUCAUGAAUGCUCAGAAAUCAGCAAUAUAUACUUGUAAUGUUGCUCAUCGUUCAAUGUCUGUUCGAGUGGAUGUAAUCAAUCGGACACUUGUUCCAAUAUGUAGAAAAGAAAAUACCUGGGGAAUGCGCUGGCCAGAUACUGGACCCGGUUCAACAGCUCUUUUAGAGUGUCCCCGACAAUUUACGGGUGACAAAGUAUCGAGAAUAUGUGCGAUGAAAGAUGCUACUACCCCAAUGUGGCAAAUUCCAGAUUUUUCUCAAUGCUUAUAUCAACCUCUCAUUUAUCCGUACACAAAGUUUCGCAGGUUGACUCUCGGUUAUCAGAAUACUACCACUCACGAUACCAUUAUUGGUAUAUGGGAAAUUUUAAGUUCACGCGAAUUAUCUCUGUAUCCUGGAGAAGCUGACGGCAUAAUAGAUAUUUUGGCUGAAAUUCAACAGUACGCCGUUAAUAAAAAGCAAAUUAAUAGUGAACAUAAUUCAGCAAAAGUGUUUAUGCAAAUAAUAAACCGAAUACUUGCUGAUGAAAAUUCAAUUCUCCGGCGUCAGUUACUUAUGCAGCAACUUGUUCAGCGAAGUGUAGAAUAUUGGGGGAAAAAUACAACCCAGCAACAACAUCUAGCCUUGCCAUCGAUGAUAAUAGAUAUCCAACCAUUCUAUGUUUUUACUGUUUUUUCAUCUUUAAUUAAAGAAAUAAAGUUCUUGCUGCAAAUUCCUAUCGAUGAUUUUACAUAUCCGUAUUGGUAUAAUGAUAAAGUAGAAAUUAGAGUUAUAAAACAAGGACGGAGACGAGGAGAUGAGUCUAAAUUAUUUACUAACGGAACGUCAUUACUAAACGGGGCAGUUAUUCUUUAUAAAAACAUUACAAAUUUUUUACCGACUGCUUACGUUAAGGAAUUAGAGGACGGUACUGAUCUCGAGUACCAUUUUAAUUCACGUGUUAUAACUGUUGCAAUUGUUGAACAAGAUUCUCUAAAUAAAAAACAAAAAAUUGAUUUAUCGACAUCAAAAAUAGAAAUUGUGCUUACACUGGGUCACUUACAUCAAAAUCAAUCACUAUUGAAACGAUGGAACGUAUCUUGUGGUGUCGAGGAUUUGUCUACUGGUUCCUGGGAUUUUGAAUCUUGCAUUACAUUGAUAGCUGGUAAUAAUCAGGCAGAAACACAGUGCAUAUGUUCAAGCCCCGGAACAUUUGCUGUUUUUCUUACAACGCGUGCAAUUAAGGUGGUUGAUGCAAAAAGUAAGCCAUCAACGUUCAUAGUAUUGUUGGGAUGUAGUAGUUGCUUGCUCCAGUGUACUAUGUCUUCAAUUAUUUUGGGUAUUAUACUUUGGAAGCGGCCAACAUGGUUGAAUUUUUUGAAAUUACAAACUUCUAGUGCACUUAUUGGCGCAAUGUCAAUUUUUGUGUAUGCAACAUGCAAUAUUGUACCAGAAGUAGAUUAUGCAAGAACUGCUGUAACUUUAGAAGCAUUUUUGCUGAUAGGAAUGGCUGCACCUAUAUCACAGGCUCUGAUUGUCUAUGCAGACAUAACUUAUAGUCGUCGUCGACGUUUAAGUCGACAUUUUCAGCCAACAGUUAUUGGAGUAAUUACGGGUUUACCAAUUUUAUGUAUUUUGACAACAGAGCUAACUCAUAACACUAGUACUGGCAGAAGACAUGAAUCUUGGUGGUUGAUUUUUGGCGGAGGAGUAUAUAGUAUAUUUGUCAGUUGUGUUGCUACAAUGCUUCUGAUAUUUAUGUUACUUUACACUGGAGUUUUACACCGAGCUCAUGCAUUCACUGAAAAUGUUGAAAAUCUAACUGGUGGUGGUGGUGGUGGUGGUGGUGACGGUGGAAUUGUUGUCGUGAAAAAUAAAUUUCUUCAGCAAAGAGUAAGAAUAAUUAAUCACGCCGCUAUAAUAAUAUGUAAUCUUAUUCUUGUCGAGGUAGCUUCUAUGUUUUACAUAAAUUACACUUCAGAGUUUUAUAACUAUCUGUUUGCAUCGGUCUCAGCUUAUUUUGGUUUUGGAAUAUUAAUUUUAAAUAUCGGAAGCCCUGAGAUUGAAUUGAUAGCUCCGAUUUUUCAACAAAUUAUAGGACGGAAAAAUGUUGAUAAAGAUAUGACUACCACGACAACAAUGAUAACUUUUUCAGAUCCUGUUAAAGUCAAUAGUAAAAUACCUGUCGAAAGUGCCGAAAGUAUACCACCGGCGUCAUCAUCUUCUGCAACAGCUAGUGUCUUUCGUCUGCCACCGAGCUCAUACAUAAGAACACGGGGUGUAGUAGCAACAGCAACAGCAACAGCAAUAGCAACACCUGGUAGUAAUAAACAAAUUUCUAGUGAAAUAAAUAAUCAACAGUUUUUAAAUAAUUCAUCUCUUCCUCCUUGUUCAUUAAAUCGCCGUGAUAUAUUUCUUCCUGAAAUUCGUAUUAAUUAUUCAGAUAACAUAAACCUUGAAACAUACAGUACAAGUCCUCGUAAAUAUCAAGAAUCUAUUACAAAUACAUUUAAUAAUAAUAAUAAUAAUAAUAAUAAUAAUAAUAAUAGUAAUAAUAAUAUUUCAUCAUCAAUGCCAUCGCCAACGCCACCACCACCGCCACUAGAAUUUUAUCAUACUUCGGAUAAUACUACGACAUUUAAUUGUGAUCAAUUAGGUACUGCUGGCGGAAGUAUUGAUUGUCGUCGAAGUAAUGCUCAGCAAGUAGAUUGUUCGUCAGAGUGCAUUCCUAAAGUUUUGUGCAGUGCGGAUAUUGAAUCAAGAAUAAAUGUAACAAUGAUUAUGCCAGAUGUAACUUUAGCAGCUGCAACGUCAACAUCUUCCUCUGUUAACAAUGUAGUUGAAGAAAAAUGUCUUGAUGAUUAUACAAUUAAUGUUAUUCCAGAUAUUGCGAGUACAAAUGAACAACAACAGCAACAACAACAACAACAACAACAACAACACAAACGUAUACGGUCCAAUAGUAGUAUUAAAGAAGAAGAAAAUCCUGAAAUUACAAUUACUGAUUGUGAUAAUACAACAUCAAAUACUAUUACAGGAGUAGGUAUGCUUGAUCGUAUAUCACAUGAUCUGGAUUAUUUAUUAAAUCGAUGAGCUCAAACUGUCAAGGAUUUUAUUUUUAUUUAUUGAAAGCAUCAAGCAACUUUAAUAUGUAUACUUUAAAAUAAUGUAAGCUGUGUAUGGAUGAGGAUGCAUGCGAAAAUUAAAAUUUUUUAAAUUCAUGCAAGAAAAAUACAUAUUUGAUUAUUAAAAGGCAGCACCACAAAAUAAUUUUAAUAAGAAUAAUAAUAAUAAAUAUCGUCCACAAUGCUGUUAUUUUUCUAGUUUGAUAAAUUUCAUAACUUUGUUGUAACGAAAAUACAUAGUAUGAACGUAACAAACAGACUUGGGUGCUUUUUCCACAAAUAAUAUAAAAAAACAACAAGGUAAUUUUCUUGCAUUCGAUACCAAAAUUAAAACUUGAAACUUUUAGAUAUUAAACAUCAAAUCUUCACACACUUAUUAUAUUAAUAAUAUUUAUAAUCAUUACAAAAAUAAUGUUA